CCUUCCACUGUCUCUGUAUAUUCAGUCUUUCUCUCGCUCUUUGCUUGUGUUUUCUCUCUUCAGCUCAAAUAAUAAUAAUAAUAAAAUAUAUAUGGGUUCAAGCAGCAGCAGGUUAAAUGGGUCAACCCCAUCUGGGUCAGGGACUAACAGUUUCAAGCGCAGAGCCCUUGCUUCUGUCUUUUGUGGUGGUUCUGCUUCUCAGUCUCCUAUUGAGAUGGGUGAUCAUAUGGAUGAAUCGUUGGCAGGAUCUCUUGAAAAUUUAGCUACUUUUCAUGAUGUGUCAGCAAGCUCCAAGCAGGCCUCAUCUUCUAACUUUGGUUUGGAAACUGGGUUAAGUAGUUCCAGUGCUGAAAGUGGGGACUUAUCUGGAAGUAGUAAUGGUAAUGUUGAGGAUACUUCUGCUUUUAAAAAUAGCGAGUCACAAUCUCAGCAGGUGAAUAUCAGUGGCAGUACUAUGGAAGCCCAUGCAGUGAAUGCUUCUGUAAAAGAACAGACACCAACAGCAUCUGCCUCUGAUGAUACAGCAGUGGCAGGCGUUGUGGGUCAGGAUUCUGGGAACCUGGAUUCAAAUGGGGAGUCCAUUUCAGAUGCAAAUAUGGAUUUGUCUAAUACAAAUUCUGUUAUUCCUGCUUCCUUAUCUCCACAACCAUGUCCAGAAUUUCUCUCAUCUGACAGGGAACGAGAAGCAAGAGCUGCAAGAGUGCUUCUUGUUGAUGUGGUGAACAUACAUUCCAACAUUUUGUCAAUUAGCUUUGAAGAAAUUAGUAACCGUGAGGCAAGAAGAAAUAGUAGAAGGAUGUUUUGGGAUGCUUUCUCAAGAAGCAAUUUGAGAAGGAAUAGGGAUUCCCCAACCAUAGUUUUUACAUCUAGUCAUGCUGAUGAUCUAGGAUCUCACGACAGAUGGCUCCUUGAUUUUGGUGGCGAUCUACAUUUGGAUGGAGUUGGUCGUGAAUCUAGAUAUCCUGGCACUAGAAGUCAUCACAGGAGUGAACGACGAUGGCAAUCAAGGAGAGAAACAUUUCAUGAUGUACGUGAUGAGCUAGGUUGGGAAACUUCCUUGUGUCCAGCUGGGCUUCAUCCUAAUGGUACAUGCUCAUGUGAAUCCUCUUCUGUGGCUGUCGAGUCCAGCAGCCAUGCAAGUAUUUCACAAAUAAUUCUGCUGGCAGAUGCACUUUUUGAGGUUUUAGAGGAAAUCCAUCACCAUCGCCUGUCCCUAUCACCUUCCAUGCUCUCACUUCCUGCUCCGGAAGCUGUUGUAAAUUCAUUUCCUCUGAAGAAUUAUAAAAAGUUCCAGGGAACUGAAAAUGUGGCACAGCAUGAACAACAGUGUCACAUUUGCUUGGUUGACUACGAGGAAGGAGAUAAAAUUCGAGUUCUCCCAUGUUCUCAUGAAUAUCACAUGUCAUGUGUUGACAAAUGGCUCAAGGAAAUACAUGGUGUAUGCCCUCUCUGCAGAGACGGUGUUUGCAAGGGAAAUGUUGAAAGUCCAGCCUCAAACCCAGAGAUCACAUCACUUUGAUGCAUGUGUAUAAAGACUUGUAAAUAAAGCAAGGUUUUUUCCUGAAAUGCUCUGUAGUCUUUCCUCAAGAACACAAGGCAAGUUUAUAUGUUAGGAAUUUUCUUUUUUGUUCUUUUUGAUAUCCUACUCUUUAUGCUUUUCACCUAAAGUUUAGCCUGCUGUGUAAUCAUAUGCUGUCAACAGUUCUGGAAAUCUAAUAUUAUCAAAGGGCCUUGAAUAAGGUUAUGGAAA